GGGAUUGAGUGACAGACUUCGAGGCACAGAACCGAAGACAGGAAGGUGCCUUAUCUUAUCGCAACCUUACAAGCUGAGCCUCAGGUUCUGGGCCUUGUCCAGCACCCAUGCUGACUGUGGGGGUGGCGCCUUCAUACUUAAACGUGGCUGAUGCAGAGCUCCAAGCUCAGGCCACAUGUGGCGCAAAUCCUCCGGGCCACCUUGUCCACUAAGUAGAGGCUGAAGACAAGCACGCCCCUAGGAUCGCGACGCUCAAGCUAGAUUGUCCAUUUACCCAAAGUCUUCCGUUCAAGCCGCCACUCACCCUCGCAGAGGGACUCAACUUGCAAAAAUGACCGCCCUAUUCAACUUCCAGUCGCUCCUCCUUGUCAUUCUCCUCCUCAUCUGCACAUGCGCAUACGCGCACCAGCUCAUGCCCGCCAUCAUGGACCGGAACAAGGACGGUAUCAUGGGCAUAUUUUGGAAAUUCGCAAGAGUAGGCGAACGGUUAAGUCCAUACAUCAGCUUAUGCUGUGUCGUCAUGGCGGCAAGUCCCCAACUCUGGUCGUUCCCUUCUGCAUUUCUAACUGAGUUAUGA